CACUGUAACAUGAUCUUGCUUUAUUCAUAGCAACUCCAACAAUGGCAGGGGGAGAAUCAGGGCGUUCGUUCGAGUACACGCCUACUUGGGUCGUGGCUGUUGUCUGUUUUAUCAUUGUUUUCAUCUCAGUUUUGGCCGAGCGCGGUCUUCAUAAACUUGGAAAGUGUUUCCUGCAUAAGAACCAGGAAGCUUUGUUUGAGGCUUUGCAAAAAGUGAAGGAAGAGCUGAUGCUUCUGGGAUUUAUCUCCCUCCUCUUGACGGUCUUUCAAGGUACAAUAAGCGAUUUUUGCAUCCCUGAUGAUGUAGCAAAUAUCAUGCUCCCAUGCAAACUCAAAAGUACUACUGCUGAGCAUCUGACUGCCAAGAAUGUAAGGAGGCUUUUAGCUGAAGGAGCUUCACAGCACUGUUCAGAGGGACAUGUCCCGUUUCUGUCUUUGGAAGCGUUGCAUCAGCUGCACAUAUUCAUAUUUGUUUUGGCUGUAGUUUAUGUCGUCUCCUGUGCCUCAACCAUGGUUCUUGGAGGAAUCAAGAUAAGGGAAUGGAGACAUUGGGAACACUCAAUUAGAAAUGAAGCAUCAAGAUUUCACAGAGUCCAUGCUCCUCAUCUUCACUUACAAGAGUUCAUGGGACGGACGGGCCGAUACUGGAGAAAAUUUCACGUAGUAAGCUGGAUGGCUGCAUUCUUCAAACAAUUUUACGGCUCCGUAACUAAGUCCGACUACAUAGCACUGCGCUCGGGAUUUAUACGUGAACAUUGUCCUAGCAACCCGAAUUACGAUUUCCACAAGUACAUGCUAAGGACCUUGGAACAAGAUUUCAAGAAGAUCAUAGGAAUAAGCUGGUACUUAUGGCUGUUUGUUGUGAUCUUCUUGCUUCUAAAUAUAGCAGGAUGGCAUGCAUACUUCUGGCUAUCAUUUCUGCCUCUAGUAUUACUUCUAAUAGUCGGAGCUAAACUGGAGCACAUCAUAACUGAACUAGCCCAGGAUGCUGCAGAAAGGGCGGGAGAUGCUGAAGGAACCCCGGUCAGGCCUUCUGACGAACUGUUUUGGUUUCACCGUCCAGCCAUUGUGCUUUACUUGAUUCACUUCAUUCUGUUCCAAAACUCAUUCGAGAUUGCAUUCUUCUUCUGGAUUUGGGCCACAUACGGCUUCAGAUCAUGCAUCAUGGAGGGUCUGCAUUUCAUCAUUCCAAGACUUGUGAUUGGGGUCAUUGUGCAAGUCCUUUGCAGCUACAGCACUUUACCUUUAUAUGCUUUAGUCACUCAGAUGGGGAGCAUGUUUAAACAAACCGUUUUCGACGAGUUCACUCAGGAACUGAUACGAACAUGGGCUAAAGAUAGUAAGCCUGGUUCAUCUACAGGCAGAAGAACUACCAGUAGACUGACAACUGAACCAACUGAUACCAUUUCCAUUUCUCAAGAAUCAGUGGUUGAUGGUCAGAUUGCAGCAUCUGAAGUUGAACUUUCUACUUCUCACAUGCCAUCCUCUUGGAACAAUUAACAUUUGUUUAGAAAUUAGUAUCAUUCUUUCAGUUUGUGGCAUAUUCUUAGAUCAUAUUUACCAAUGGAACUUCUGGUGAUUUUUCUGUCUGCACGGUGAAAAUCAUGUCAAGUCGAUAAAAUGUGGCUGGUAUGAAUAUUACAACAUUA